ACCCACCCCCCACCCCACCCUUGAUAUGCUGCGCCGCUCUCAGUCAGCGAAGGCCAGCAGAGAGAUGGGCGAUGGCUGCAAAGCCCAGUGCAGACUGGAGUGGUGGUAGGAGGGUCUGGAACAGGCUGGCCGGCUGUGCCAGGGCGCGAUCAGAGUAGCUGCCUUCUGUCUGGUUUCUGAAAUCCUGGAAGUAAGGGAAUUCUCUUGCAGCCUGGCGGAGUGUUAGCCACUUAACCUUGAGAAGGAAACUUACACUGAAGUUCUCCAAGUUCCAGACUUCUGUUACUUGGGAGAAAUCACUGAACAAUAAUGUGAAGAAGAAAACACGAAUAUUUUUCUGGAGAAGGAAGAACUCAGACUUGUGGACUUUAAAAAAAAAAUUCUUCCUUUGUAAGCCAGGCUUUGUCAGACGCCGCCAAAAGAUGCCUGCCAAGACACCCAUCUACCUGAAAGCUGGCAACAAUAAGAAAGGAAAGAAAUUUAAAUUGAGGGACAUUUUGUCUCCUGACAUGAUCAGCCCACCUCUUGGUGACUUUCGACACACAAUUCAUAUUGGGAAAGAAGGACAACAUGAUGUUUUUGGAGACAUCUCCUUUUUGCAAGGAAAUUAUGAGCUCUUACCUGGGAACGAAGGAGAAACAGGCAGUCAGUGUGGAGGGCACAAUGAGUUCCUGAGGGCAAACAGCACCUCUGACUCAGUGUUUACAGAAACGCCUUCCCCGGUGCUCAAAAAUGCCAUAUCGCUCCCUGCCAUCGGUGGUUCUCAAGCCCUCAUGCUGCCCUUGUUGUCACCGGUGACAUUUUAUUCAAAGCAGGACUCUUUGGGGCCGUUAAGGAAUCCCAGGCAUAGUUGUGAGCCUGUAAUGGAAGAAAAGUUACAGGAGAAGAGCAAACAGUUGGAGAAUGGGAAACUAUACAAAGAUGACAUCACAUGGCAGCGGAACGUCUCGACAUCGCAUUAUGCUAACGGAAGAGACAGUCAUUCAUCCAGUCUUUCAGAACAAUACACUGAAUGGCAAACAGAGGACUUAUUUGACAACGACCAUCUUUCAUGUGACCUGACCGAGACUCCAGUUAAAUCCGAAGAAUCCCUCUCAGAUCUGGCUGAGCCUCUCCUAUCUCUGCAGCUUGACCUUGGGCCCUCACUUUUGGAUGAAGUGCUCAACGUAAUGGACAAAAACAAAUCCUAGAACAUGCUGUGCUUUUCACCUCAUACAAACGCAACUGAAAUGUAAGGGGCACCAUCCAGCCAAAGCUAAACAUUUAAGAUUGCAGUCCUCCUAUGCAAACUCCCUCGGAAAUAAGACUUCCUGAACUUGGUGGGAAUUACUUCUGAGUAAACAUUUACUACAUUAGGUUCGAGCAUGUUGAUUUCAGAAGAAGAGUUAAACACAUGCUUAAAUUUCAUCGUUUGAAAAUUAAUGAGAUUUAUAAAAGCUUAACUUUGGCUCAGUUGUAUUCUCUGUAUCUGUACAAAAUCAAUUCUCUUUGCAGUUGACAAGUUUUCUAGAAUCAAAAAUAUUUUUUUACUUAAUGUCCAUGAUUUUUUUUUCAUAUGGCAAAUGUCUCACAUCAAGAGGACAUGUUUUAAAGACACAUUUUCCUACAAAUGUUAAAUGUUUUCUAAGAAACAAAGCUUGUUGUUAAUAUAAUACUUGGGUGACCUUUAAAUUAAUUAAGUUCAGUUUCACGAUCCUAUAUAUGUUAAGCAGAAGAUUUAUGAAGUGAAGGUUAAAUGUUAAUUAGUUCAGCAUUACUUAAUGUGUAACUCCUCUCCUUCCCAGAAUGAGAGAUUCUUUUCUUAGCAAUUUUUUUUCAUUCUUGCUGUACCGUUAUCCUUCAGUGUUAAUGCAUAGAUAUGUACUCAGAUGGGAAUAGCUUUCUUCUGUUCAACUAUUAUGGAACGUAUAUGUGGCCAAUACAAUGGUGCCAUUGAAGUUACUUGAGCCUCCAGUUCUAACUCAAAAUGUAUUCAGUUCAAGAAAAUUCACUUCAAAAAAGAUGAAAUGGUAAACUGCAGUUGCAAUUAAAUUAUUUUAGGAGCUGAAAUCUAUUUUUAUGCACAUUAGACUUUUUAUGGCAAGUUCUACAUACACACAGGAUUGCACCAGAAAGUUGUUGCUUGGCAUUUUCUUGGAAAACCUUUGUAUAAAUUGUACAUUUGUGCACGUGUGCAGAAAAAAAAAUAUGUAUUUGAUCUUUUAGCUUUGUUCUUUCGGUUAUUGAUACUGACACACAAAUGUCAAAUUUUGCAAUGGAUUAUUUUAUGUUUUAGAGGAAAGCACUGACUACUCACAACACUCGAAUGAGAUUGUGCUGCAACAGAUGGUAUUCCAGGGAAUGUAGUGAUGUCCCUGCAUUGCAUAGCUACUUUGUGCAAUACAAUAAAGAAUAAAU